CGGCACAGCGUUCAUCACCACACAGCAGCGGCACACGCAGUGCGGCACAGAGGCACGCACUAGAUUUUGCCCUAUACAGGCUCUUGGACUAGGAGUAGCAAGUGGUACACGGCCUUGCGAGGGGAGGCCAUUGGACAGAGGUCAGACGAUGCUGCGCAGAUGUCUUCUCGCUGUCCAGCCGCAGAAUCUUCCUUCGGACAUAGCAUCGAGCAUUGGGAUCAACCUGAGAGAGCCACAAGACGGGCAGACAUGCGCUCGUCUGAUCCCAUCUAUGGGAAUGGAAGCUGUGACUGGACUGUGGACGAGGGUUGAUGGAGGAUUCAUGGGCUGCACUGGAUAUCGCUGCUGUGCCUGGACACCCGCAUCACCCAUGCAGAACAUGACAGCUCACACAUUCCUCCCCCCUCCUCUACGCAAACAGUCAAAAUGGUCAACCUCCGCUCUCAGAAGCGCCUUGCGGCCUCGGUCCUCGGCGUCGGCAAGAGGAAGGUCUGGUGCGACCCCGCUGAGCAGAACGACAUCGGCAACGCCAACUCGCGCGCCAACAUCCGCAAGCUGAUCAAGGACGGCCAGAUCAUCAAGAAGCCCGCCGUCGGUCACUCGCGUUCUCGCACUCGUGAGCUCCACGCCGCCAAGAGGCUUGGGCGACACACUGGUACCGGUAAGAGGAAGGGUUCCUCGGAGGCUCGCAUGCCCACCAAGGUCCAGUGGAUGAGGCGUCAGCGUGUCCUUCGCCGUCUCUUGCGCAAGUACCGUGAGGCUGGCAAGAUCGACAAGCACCUCUACCACGAGCUUUACCUCAAGUCGAAGGGUAACGUCUUCAAGAACAAGCGUGUCCUCAUGGAGCACAUCCACAAGGCCAAGGCCGAGAAGACCCGCUCGAAGCACCUUGCUGACCAGAUGGAGGCUCGUCGUCUGCGCAACCGCAACAUGCGCGACCGUCGCCAGCAGCGUCUCGCCGAGAAGCGUGCUGCCAUCACCGCUGUCGAGCACGAGGAGGAGCAGAAGUAAACAGACAGAAGUUGGGCAUCACAGACUCAUUACGCAGUCCGUCAAGGUUGGGUUGGGUCGGUGGCGACAAAAACGGGAGGAGCUCGUCAGAAGGACGGCGGGUCCUCUCCUGCACAUUCCCAUUCUGCCGCCACGAUCAGCUGCAAUCAUCCCCAGCACCACCGUCUUCACUCUUCUCGCUUCGGUUCUUCAUUGUACUACCUCCUACGUCUCGUCAUGCACUCGAGCCACACAUUUACACCGUACCCGACGUCGCGCCCCUUGCCAUGCGCCUUGACUCUAGUGUGAGCCCAGCUGUUACCGUAACAUGUUCCGCCUGGAGCUGAUGAGUGAGGACAGCCUGACUGUUGCAAGCGAUGCUGGCCUUGAGACUUUCGGGCUGAUGAGGAAGUGAGAGUG